UCGGGGAGCACGGUCGUGUGCAUGGGACCUAGGUGCGCGACACGCGGUAUCAUCGUCGCGACAUGAUCGAGUGCGCGGUGUGAGCAUUGUUUGAAUCUUCGGGUCGAUGAGAGAGAGAGAGUGAGAUAAAGAGAGGAGAGAGGAGAGGUCUGAGGAGGAGCUCGCACGCCGAUCGACGAACAUGCGGACGCUCGUGGUGGAGACGCCCUGGCUCCUGGCGUUCCUCGCAGCCGCUGCCGCGGCGAUCGUGCCGCCACCUUGGGCCAACCCCUCUAGUAACCCCUGCGCGACACAGCCGCGCGGAUGGCAGCUGCUCUACUGGCCCCCCGAUGGCAAAUGCUACAAGAUCUUCCAGAUCGGCGCCCCAUGCCCGGAGACGAUGGAACUGAGCCCUUCGGCGGUGGGCAGCGAGGCCAGGGCCGAGUGCAGGUGUCCACCUGGGACCGCCCAGUCACCCAGGGAUGCCCUCUGUCACACGAUAUUUACGAGAGCCUCCUGUCCUAAAGGCCAGUACUUCGCCCCGGUACCUGAGGCACUCGGCAAACCAAGCCCAAAGAAGCGUUGGGGUCUGUGCCGCGAGCCGGAGCCCUGCCUGGCUACAGAGGACAUCUUCUGGCCUCGCGAUGGCAAGUGCCACGCGAAGCAUACUCGGGGCCCCUGUCCUAAAGGCGAACUCCUUGUCCUCGACAAGGACGGUCUUGGCGCGUGCUCUUGCUCUAACCAUGGCGAACUGGCUAGAUACCACUCGUUCGCGGGUGGCUGCCACGAGCACUACACCAAGGGACCCUGCCAGGAACCCGGCGAGCUCUUUUUGCCCGAUGGAAGCUGCGGCUGCCACGCAAGUCUCCCACACUACCAUCCGCCCACGAAAAUGUGUUACCAGCUGGGUGGCAUCGGCCCAUGCGCAACGGGACACCACUUCAUCGUCUCGAUGAAAAAUAGCUCGGAGCCGCUCAGAGCGAGUUGCAGCUGCAAGCCCAAUUACGUGCUCUACAAGGACGGCUUUUGCUACCGCGUGCACACUCAGGGGCCUUGCCAACCUGGUUACAUGCUCGCAAACUCCACGAGCUGUGUCCUCGUACCGUGCAAACGCUCCCGACUCUACUUCCCACGCGAACGAACCUGCUACAAAAUAGGAUCGAGGGGUCCUUGUCCUAACGGGCAGAUUGUCAUUUACGACUAUAGUGCGCGGCCCUCGGUCGACGGUAUUAGUUACAACGGGGUUUGCGGCUGCACGAGCGCUAUGAAGACGAGCGGCAAGUGCUCGGAGGGAAGUGCCGCGGGCGGGGCUGCGCUCUCAAGCUCCUUCUUAAGCGACAAGUGCGAGGAGUCACCGGGAAUGGUCCUCAUUAAUCGGACCUGCUAUCGACUUUACACCCGGGGCCCUUGCGCCCAAGGAGAGUGGCUGGUCGCUCAGAGGAUGCCCAAAGGCAUCGACCUGUGGCUCGACAAGACACCGUUGCCCAAGGCGAGGUGCGAGUGUAGGCCCGGUUACACCAAGACCAAUGAGCUGGAGAGCAACAGCCUGCUGAAUCCGAGCAAGUGCCAGUCGCCGACCGUUGGUUUGGCCAAAUUUUUAAACGAACGCGCCAAAUCUAUCGGUUUAUAACGCGCUCCACUCUGUAAUUCAUUUAUAUGUACAGUGAAUCGAGGCCUUGUGGCUGCUUAAAGUAGUAACGAAUCGAGAGGGACGCCCUCCUUUAAGGCUCUUCUGUCAAGGAGUUGAAGGUCCUAAUCUCCCAGAGACAUCAACACGUGUGCAUUGACUCGAAAGUCAUCUUAUUCAAUUUCCGAUAUAUUUCGAGGCGCUCGAGACUUUUUGUCGUCACAUUUGGUUAAUGGACGUACGCCGUUAAGUAGUGGCAUUUUUGUAUGGCUAAUGUGAUUGCCCGGUGAUAUGAUGGCGUUAACCGUUAAUUAAUACGAUUUCAGUGAACGAUCGAAAUAAACGCGAC